AUGAAUUUGUUGAAGCAAUAUGGUAUGGAAGAUUGCAAUAGUGGAAUGACACCAUCCGAAGUGAAUGUUAAGUUUCCAGAUUCGAAAAAGCUGUCUGAAGUAAAUCAUUAUAGAGAAUUAAUUGGAAGUUUGAUGUAUUUGUCAGUGGCAACGAGACCUGACAUAGCUAAUACUGUAUCGCGUUUAGCACAGUAUGUAACUAACCCAUCCAUGUGCCAUUGGUUAGCUGCGAAGAGAGUUCUGAGAUAUCUUGCUGGCUUGGCACAUAGGGGAUUAGUGUUUCGUAAGACGAAUGACCCACUAAUUGGCUACGCGGAUGCUGAUUGGGGAGGUUGUACCGUAGAUCGUCGUUCAUAUACCGGCUACGUAUUUUUAAUUAGCGGCGCUGCGAUUACCUGGAAGUCGCAAAAGCAGCGCACGGUCGCACUAUCAUCAACGGAAGCGGAGUAUAUUAGCUUGGCAGAAGCAACGGAAGAAGCAAUCUAUUUACGAAGUUUGUUAACUGAGCUUGGUCUACAAGAGUUUAUCGACAUAACAAUUUUUGUUGAUAAUAAAGGAGCUCAAUGUUUGGCUGGUGAUCCUGUUUUUCAUGCUCGCACGAAGCACAUCGACAUUAAACAUCAUUUCAUUCGUCAAACAGUCGCCGCUGGCCAUUUGAAGCUACAACACAUAUCAACGCACAAUAUGGUUGCAGAUGUUAUGACGAAAUCACUCUCAAAUGUUAAUCACGAAAGAUGUCGUACUGGACUUGGUUUAACUACUUAG